AUGAAUACAGUUCAUGGUACAGCAAUGUUUCGAUUACUGAGUCGUCAGGAUUAUGGAAUAAUUCAGUCGUAUACAUCAUCUGUGUAUUUUUCAUUGACAACUUUAUUAGCUAGUUUAAGUUUGGGAACAUUUAUCGGUGUUGUAUUGACUGUUGCAUUAAUAUGUGCCGAGUUGAAUAGUAUUGUGUUAUCUCCACUAGUGACAAAUUUGAUGUUUGAGCGACAUAAUGUUGAAUUUAUUCAUAACGUGAAAUCAAUUGAUGAAGUUGAGAAAUUACACAUCGAAGAUCAAACAUAUCGUAUGCUCAAUAAUAAAUUUAAUUUAUUCCAUUCAUUAUCACUGGCUACGGGUUUAGGUACGUUUUUUGUAUUCGAACUAAGAAUGGGAGAAAAGUGAGAUGUUUGUUUCUUCGAAUUUUAGCAUAUCAUGGCUUACAAUGGUAUCAUCUAUGGUUUCUUGCUAACAAAUGUCUUGCUGUAUGAAUUUCAUUUGAAAAGUAACAACUCACAAUCAAACACAAAUCCAGCGUAGAGAACAGAAACUGUUCGCUUUUUUUUCAUGUUUUUCGGUUACUACCUUAUAUGUUUCGCUUUCUGAUCAUGAAGAUUGUUAUAGACAGUCACGGGGUACAGUCCUAAUCCUACAAGCAUUAUGCCUUCAUGUAACCUCUAUAACGAACAUUUGUUUGUAUCACUUAACGAAGUAGUUUGUCGUUGUUUACAUUCAUUUUUCUGUCUUUUUGUAUACGUUUGUAUUUGUGUCUUUGUCUGUCAAUAUUAAAAAAGAGAAAUGCCAAUUUUGAACAUGUACUAAUUUAAUUUCAGCGCUAUUCUCGAUUACAUUAGUGUUAUUAAUGGUUUUAUUACUUUCCUUUUAUAUGUGUCUAUUUUUCUCUUUUAUCAUAAUCUGGCCUUCAAAUUUGUUAUACGCUUACUCUAACAUCUAAAGAAGAAUACCAAAACGCUGCAGCUAUUUAUAUUUUUUUAUUUUUCACCAAAGUAGUUAAAAGACAUAAAUGCAAAGCAAUCAGGAAAAGGAAGAGAAACGACCACAAUUUGGUUAAACAGGGUUUUUUAAGAUCAGCCGAUUUAGCUGUAUCAAAACUCUUAAAUCAAGAAAUAGCGAACAGUCAUUUGUAAUAGAUGUCAUCAUAGCUAUUGCUCGUUUCGAUAUACAUUGUAAUCCAGGACAGUUUCUAGAAAAUAAAAAAUAAAGACAUAACUCUUCAAGAUCUGCAGGUUGUUUUUAUCAUUGUGUAUCUUAAGAGAUUCAUCUAUGUUCCGAUGUUCGAUUGCUUAGUUUGCAAAAUACAGAAGUGUUUCCUUAUUCUUUUCUGGAAAAACAAAGCAAGUUUAAGUAUUAAUUUGUAGUUAGACCAUUCCACGUAACUUUACCAAAAACAUGAUUCCGUAACAUUUUAUGCUAUUUUCUUGUCUUCAAAUAUUUCGAACAGAAGCACGCCACAAGAUUGCGAUUGUGUUAGGUUACACAUAAGUUUAAAUCCAAAACCGACUUUUUAUCAGUAUAUUCAGACAAAAAUACAACAGAUGUUCGGGGCGAAACAUGUUGCUCUAUUAAAAUACUAUAUGAGACAGUAUGCACUACAAACAAAUGAUGAGAGAUUAGUGGAAUUGUUAUCAGUAUCCGCGCAAAAAUUCAUAUCUAGACAAGUUUCCUUGAUUUUGUCUGAUUGAUGUGGUGUUUUUACCAUUUUCUACGAAGUUUACUUUGUGUAGAAAUCGUGAAUGAUUGUUAUCGAUUAUAUAAAUUACGUGGAAAAAACAAUAAAUCGAGCGAUGGCAUACCAUAACAAUGUAACAAUAACUAGCACUAGUGCAAAUGUAACUUCUUUAAUUGGUAAUUUAACAAGCAGUGGUACCAAUCAAGGAACUAUGCCGUUGAUACAAUCAAUAACGACAACGCCAUUGCUGAAUUACACAGUUUAUCUAUACCUAAAAUCUCAUUUUCUUACCUCUUCUUGUUAUUCGACUGCUCUUUCCCUGACCCAGUGUUGAUGAAAACAGGUGCUUCGAUUUUUAAUUUCGUCAAAACAGCCUUCUUUUCACACAUAGUGGGUCGGCGGGACUGUUCGACAUUCACCCCACUGACGCGUCUUCAAAAGACGAUUGCGUGGUCGCUAAUGUGAAUGCUCGAUGACCGUUCAACCCGAAAAAAAAAAGUUAAAAAAUUAGAAAAGAAGGCGAAAGAGAGUUUGCGGUUUCGACCAUAAGUAAAACUCAUGGAGAAACCGCCUAUGUUAUCUGCCAAGUACUUCAGUGUGUGAAAUUCUAUUAUACGAAGUAAGCGACAUGAUGAUCUCGCUCAGAGAAUGAAAGUUCGAACGAAAUUUCAACUCUAAAAUUAUGAGACAUGAGAUUGUGACUGUUUGCGAAUGGCUUUUAUAGUAGCUGAAGUAUUGCGCCACCAACUCUCCUUGUGAUGAAAAGAAAUAAAAAGAACAGAAAAGGCAAAAUAGUAGCAAAUUAGCAGAUAAAGGGCAUGUCUCUUAAGACCAAUCGCAAGCUUCGGG